UUCCAAAACGGGCUUGAAGGCGCCUCCUCGAGUUCAUUGGCGCCCCGGAGCGGAGCCCGAGCGAGGGAUGUGACUGAAGCGACGCCGCCGCCGCCGCCGCCGACGAUCCGCACCUCCUCCGAUCGCCCAGACGACGUUCCCCCCCUCCCCACCCCUCCCUCCAACAUGCCCGAACAGCUCAGCGUCUCGGAGUUCGUGGCCGUCACUUCGGAGGAUCUCAGCUCGCCGCUGGCGUCCGGCUUCGCCGCCAAGAUGCAGAAGUGCCGGGGCGCGGUGGGAGCGUUGGAAGAGAGUUUGGAUGGAGACCAAGCCAUUCUUCAGCGGAUCAAGAAAUACGUGAAAGCGAUUCAUGUUUCUGGGCUCACUCACGUGGAGAACGAGGAGCAAUACAGCGAAACUCUGGAGAACUUUGGCAAUAACCACCUUUCUCAGAACAACCACGAACUUUCCACUGGCUUCCUCAACCUCGCAGUUUUCACCAGGGAAGUGACGGCGCUUUUAAAAAACCUGGUGCAGAAUUUGAACAACAUAGUCUCCUUUCCUCUGGACAAUCUGUUGAAAGGGCAGUUGAAGGACACCCGACUGGAUUCCAAGAAGCAAAUUGAAAAGGCUUGGAAGGAUUACGAGACCAAAGUAGCAAAGCUGGAGAAGGAGAAGGAGCGAGCCAAGAUAUCUGGAGUCAUCCAGACUGAACCUUCGGCCACCGAAAUCACGGAGGACCUGCAGAAGGAACGCCGCACUUUCCAGCUGCAGAUGUGCGAGUAUCUUCUGAAAGCCAACGAAUGCCAAAUGAAGCAAGGGCCAGAUUUUCUGCAGAGCCUCAUCAAGUUUUAUCAUGCGCAACAUAAUUUCUUCCAAGAUGGCUGGAAGGCAUCGCAGAAUCUCUACCCAUUCAUCGAAAAACUAGCCACCUCCUUACAUGCACUUCGUCAAGCCAAGGAAGAAGAGGUAAAACAGCUCACUCGGAUCCGUGAUUCCCUCCGAGGCAUCCUGCAGCUGGAGAACAAAGGGGAGAACCUCAACCGAAAGAACUCUGGCAGUGGGUACAGCAUCCAUCAGCACCAAGGCAAUAAACAAUACGGGACUGAGAAGUCUGGCUUCUUAUAUAAGAAAAGUGAUGGAAUUCGGAAGGUGUGGCAGAAGAGAAAGUGUGGGGUGAAAUACGGAUGUCUCACUAUUUCUCACAGCACAAUAAACCGUCCUCCAGUAAAGUUAAAUCUCUUGACUUGCCAAGUGAGGCCGCAUCCAGAGGAUAAGAAAUCCUUUGAUCUUGUGACACACAAUAGAACAUACCACUUCCAAGCGGAAGAAGAACAAGACUGCAUUGUGUGGGUGUCGGUGCUCCAGAACAGUAAAGAUGAAGCCCUUAGCAAUGCUUUCAAGGGGGAGCCAGGAGGCUCCGUGUCCUCAGGUGGCAGCGUGGCCGACAGCGGAUUGCAAGAACUCACCAAGCUCAUCAUUGACGAAGUGAAAAACAUGCCAGGAAAUCGAUGGUGCUGUGAUUGUGGAGCCCCAGAUCCCACCUGGCUCUCCACCAACCUUGGCAUCUUGACAUGUAUUGAGUGCUCAGGGAUUCACCGUGAGUUAGGGGUGCACUAUUCCCGCAUCCAAUCGUUGACACUAGAUGUGCUCAGCACGUCGGAAUUGUUGCUGGCAGUCAGCAUUGGAAACGCCAAGUUUAAUGAAGUCAUGGAAGCCACCUUGCCAAUCCAGAGCAGCCCCAAACCUUCUUCGAGCAGCGAUAUGAAUAGCAGGAAGGAAUUCAUCAUGGCAAAGUAUAUGGAACGCAAGUACGUCCAGAAAGCUAGCAAAGAAGAUCCUUACCGAGUCUGGGAAGCUAUCCGAAGCAGGGAUCUCUUGGCACUGCUCCAGGCUUUUGCGGAAGGCCACGAUCUGUCCAAACCUCUUGUGAGUCCUGAAGGUCAGGAACAAGGCGAACCAGCCUUGCAUUGGGCAGUCCGCUACGCCAACAAAACUUCCCUUCCGUUGGUGGAUUUCAUUAUUCAGAAUGGGGGAAAUCUGGACCGACCCACUGCAGAUGGGAACACAGCCUUACAUUACGGAGUCCAAUAUAAUCAGCCCAAUUGCAUCAAGUUGUUGCUGAAAGGAAAAGCUUCUACAAAGGCAGUAAAUGCAGCUGGUGAAACGCCUCUAGAUAUGGCAAGAAGAUUCAAGAAUGCUGAGUGCAAAGACUUGCUGGACCAGGCCCAGGCUGGGAAGUUGGCUAUGCACGUGGACUACGACUGGGAAACUUCUCAGGAGUUCUCAUAUGACAGUGAAGAUGAGCUGGAUGAAAAGGUUAGCCCACUGCAGCGAUCUUUUGGGUCUUUGCCAUCUCCCACCACCGGCCAGCCCAUUCUCUUCUCUCCAAAUCGGUGGGGCUGCUCUGGCAUGGAUAUCAGCAACAAGACCUACGAGACCAUCGUGAUCCCUUCGCAGCCUGGUCAGCGAAGCUCAACCAGUGAGAAGACCCCACCGCCUCUGCCUCUCAAAAAGCCUCCCAAAGGGAGCGGCAAACCAAAACCAGAUGCCACUGAAUCUCUACCCCAUUCACCAGACAGCCCCGACAUUUGGAACUCAUCCGUUCCCAGCAUCCCCAGUGCGUUGGAGGGGGGCCCAUUUUGGCAAUCACCCAACUUCCGUAACUCUAUGGAAGUCAAAGGCACAGCCUAUUGGGAAACCUGCUCUGAUGCCGGGGGUGCCUCCCAACGGCGAAGAUCAGAGCCCCCUCAGAUGACAACUCUGCAGCCUUCCCCUGGAACCUCUCCCGAACCAGGACAAACAGCCCCAGUCAGGUUCAGUGUUCGCAAAGGAAUAGGAGACUACAAUAAUUUGGCAGGCUGCUGGAGACAAAUACCACUGUAAAAGCUAUAUAAAAGUAGAUCCAAAAUUAGGCCAUACUGGUGUCAUUUCUAAAAUAUGGCUUCCUUACUAAUAGUAUCUUUCAUUAUAUCUAUUUAGGUUUGCAUCUCCAAGUGCAAGCAUAUAAAAGCAUAUUCUCUCCCUUCAAAAAGUAGGACUUCUUUUUAGCCUAGAUAUUAAUUCUAAAUUGUAACUUGAGAAGAUAUUCUCCCCAUUCUUCCUGCUUACACACAUACAGGGAGUCCUUGACUUAUGACCAUAAC